GGCUACAGGGCACAUCUCAUCCAGUGUUCUAAAAUGUGUGUCCAAAUCGAUGAUCGGUGCGAAACGACAACAAAAUGACGAUAUCGAUGCACUGGAGAAGCAUUGCUUCAUAUUGGUCAGGAAGAGGAUGUGGAAGAAAAAUGCGAUAGACUGGCCGGGCGCGGGCCCGGUAAUACAAGAUGUUAAACAUGAUUUUAUCGUACCACAGAUGCCAAUGGACCACCCGUUCAUGUGCGAAACGACAGCAGAGAACGAUGAGGCACAGUCGAUCGGUCAACUGACCGGUUAAGCCCUUUUACACACGGUUCCCGACCAACCAUCUGUAUUUACUUUUCCCGUGCGUGCGUACCGGUACGGUAUCGCGAAAACGUUCUGCGCUGCGUUGGCCCAUUCUCGCACUUGGGAAGAGAGUGUAAGCGAUCCUACGGGAAAGAUAAAUGAAUCGUAACCGGGCUGACAGAGUCGUAAAUUGCUUAACACUUUCAUUUAAUACUUACUUACUUCGUGCCAUUGUGCAACGAAUUGGUACGUCCGUAAGCGAGUGUGCUGCAGCAGACAUGCAAGUUUCAGUUGCCCGAAUGCCGGAAGAUAAAAAUACUGGGCAAAACGAUGGUAGGUACAAAAAGUAAUGUACGGUUAAAAACGCUUGUUUUUAAAUAGUUCUUUUUUUUGGCAGUUUGUUUUUUACUACCACGGACAGUAAUGGCGCUGCUUCCUCUCGCAGCUGUUCUGGUUAAUCAUCGUUAAUCGAUAAUGGCUCCCAAAGGACAUUAAUAUGAUAGUUGGAUAGGGAAAUUUCUACCAUUUUAUCCCUAGAAACUGUACUAAAUAAUACAUUCGAAGAAAAUUCUCCAAAAUUAUGCAUUCGUUAGAUACAACCAGUAAACACUGCACGUGGCACCACCCCCCGGUCGUUACGAACCGCUGCCUAGAGACGAAAAGUCCGAGAAAACCCAUCAGGUAUAGAGAUUUCCAUGGCAACCCACCUUUGCCAAACAAUCGUAGGUUUCAGUGGUACAAUUUUCCAAACAUCUAAACAAAUGCGACACGUGACGUUUGUUUAUGCGUUCCUUUCUUUGCAAACAGUGGUUCAGUGAUUAUAGACCGCCCGGAUCUGUUAACACAGCAGCCAUGAGUAACGCGACGAUUUUGUUUAACGUUUCCAAGAACGAGCUCUUUAAGCUGGCGGACAAUCUUAAAACGUUGAAUCGAAAGUUGAAAGUGAACCAUCGUGUUGAAAGUAAUAAAAGUGAGAUCACUCCUGAAAUCCUGAAAACGGCCACCGUAUUUGUGCUAGCAGGACCGCAGGAGAAAUUUACCGAGACCGAAUUUCAGCACUUGAAGGAUUAUAUUAACGAUGGAGGAAGAUUAUUACUGCUGCUCGGUGAAGGCGGCGAAGUUCAGUUCAACACCAAUGUAAACUUUCUCUUGGAAGAUUACGGGAUGACUAUCAACAAUGAUGUCGUUGUGCGGCCACAGUACUACAAAUAUUUUCACCCCAAGGAAGCACUCAUCAGCGGGGGUGUAAGUUGCGAUUCGAUGAACAAUCUACUGCUGGACGCAAGCAAAAGCAUCCUCACAUCGUUCGAUUUCAUGGACGAUAAAUACAAAGUUGAGUUUGUCUAUCCGUUCGGUGCGACGAUGAACGUUAUUACUCCCGCGAACGUUCUACUCACGACCGGCCCCGUAGUGUAUCCUUUCAAUCGACCGUUGGCUGGUUACUUUCAGAACGAGAACAACGGCAAGCUGAUCGCCAUCGGGUCUGGUCAUAUGUUUCAAGACAAGUACAUUUCCAACGAGGUAAACGCAGCGCUUUGGGAUAGCUUACUCGCAAUGAUUCUGCAGGAUGAGUUCAAAUUCAAAACAUCCGACUUCAACGACCUGGAGAUAAAUGACUACGCCGUCAUACCCGAUACGAUCUACCUGGCCGAGCAACCGAAGAUAUGUCUUAUGGAUUCACUCGAUUACGACAUUCCGGCCGACUUCAAGAAGCUAUUCGAUAUAACGUUAUACUCGAUCAACAACGAUCUGCUGCGCGACGUCAUCGGCACGUACGAAAAGCUGGACGUGCAAUACGAACCGCUCAAGAUCAUCAAACCGCAGUUCGAGAUUCCUUUACCGCCACUACAGCUUGCGGUGUUCCAACCGAUAUUCAGUGACCUAGCGGCACCCCCUCUUGAGCUGUUCGAUCUAGACGAAGCCUUCAGCUCGGAAAAGGUACAAAUCGCUCAACUAACCAACAAAUGUCUCACGCCGGCAAACGAAGGGCAGCACACGAUCGACGAGAAGGAGCUGGGAUAUUUCAUUCAAGAGUGCGGACGUAUUCUAAAGGUUUGCCAGGACGAUCAGAAGAUGUCGCCGAAGGAGAUACUUAAUGCAAUUAGCGUCAAGAUUGCACACUACAAAAAGUUGGACAAGGACUAAGGAUUUUUGUAGGAAAAACGAUACAUAUGCAUGUUUGAAUAAUGUGGAAAAUGUACUCACAAAUGUGGAAAGUAAACAUUGUUUAAUUCCGUUA